CAACAACACAAGUUAUCAUAGCUGCAAACUGCUAUAUGUCUUUUACAUAUACUUACUAAGUAGUCACACCCAUAGAAGAUACACACCAUGGCAGAAGGUAGACAUCAUAACGUAUUGUUCGAUAGUCCCCUUCCAAUAGAUCAACCCAUUGCCGUUGGUGGUGAUGUACUUGUUGAGAAUAUUGAAAGUAUCUAUAGCGCCAAGACAUUCAAGGCACUCUUUCAAAUCUAUAUGGGACUCCUAUUAUGUCAAUAUGUAUCGGUAUAUGCUACAGUUCCCUUUGAUGAUAUUGAAGGAAGACCUCCCUUAUGUGUUAUUACUGGUCUUUAUGUAUUGAUAAUGUUCUCCGUUAAUGCAUGUUUAUUACCCACAUGUUCUUCAACAAUCCCUUCGUUAUUCUCCUUCAGAAGCUUAUUGUUUUCCACUCUUUUGGAAUUCAUAGGAGUAGCAUUCCAUGUAUCUUGUGUCCCAUUAGUACUUAAUGUUGAUAAAAUGUAUCUGUACGAAUAUGAUAGUCAAACUAAGAUGACAGAAAAGACUGAUGUUACAACUUAUAUUCAAAUCAUUACUAUAACUUGUUUAGUAUUAAAUUGUCUAACAUUUAUGGUAUUAGUUUUCAGUUCUUAUAUGGCAGCUCAAUCAUUAAGAAACUUAAUUAAUAGGACUGAUAGAAGAGAUAAGAAUGUGUGGAGAAGAAAAAGCUGAUACAUAUAUAUAUGAUAAAAUAAUUAAUUAAAAUAAUACAA